AUGGAGGUUGUGAUUAUUGCUCUUGCUGCUACACUUGGGAAUCUCCUUAUUGGAUGGGAUAGUUCCACCAUUGCAGGGGGUAUGACCUACAUCAAACAAGAAUUUGAUUUGGAAAAGGAUCCAACACUUGAAGGACUAAUUGUGUCUAUGUCUUUUAUAACUGGAACUGUUGUCACCAUUUUUUCUGGAACAAUCUCUGAUAUGGUUGGAAGAAGGCCUAUGUUGAUAACAUCUUCUGUUAUGUUUAUUAUUGCUGGUUUGGUAAUGUUGUGGGCUCCUAAUGUUACUGUUAUUCUCUUGUCGAGGAUAGUUGAAGGCGUUGCCAUUGCUCUUGCUGUUACUUUUAAUCCUCUUUACAUAUCGGAGAUAGCGCCUCCUGAUAUAAGAGGACAAUUGAACACUCUUACUCAGUUCGCUUGUUCUGGUGGAAUGUUCUUGGCUUACGUUCUUGUUUUCUCAAUGUCCUUGUUGCAAUCGCCUAGUUGGAGAGUUAUGCUUAGUGUUAUUUCUAUUCCUUCUGUUGUUUAUUUUUUGUUGACUGUGUUUUAUCUUCCCGAAUCUCCUCGGUGGCUUGUAAGCAAAGGUCGAAUCGUUGAGGCUGAGAAAGUUUUGAAAAGACUUCGCCGCGUUGAUGAUGUCUCAGGGGAGAUGGCUUUGCUUGCGGAGGGUCUCAAUCCUGGGGGUGAAAACAUAUCCAUAGAAGAAUACGUAGUGGCCCCAGCUAGUGAGAUCCUUAUCAACCAUGAAGCAGGAAAAGAUUAUAUAAAAUUAUAUGGACCUAAUGAGGGAGUUACAAUGAUUGCUCAACCUGUGAAUGGACAAGGUAGCAUGCUAUCGCGCAGUAUGUUGUCUAUGCAUGGAAGCUAUGCAUCGCGCAGUAUGUUGUCUCAGCAAGGAAGCUUUUCAUCUCAAGCAGCUGCUAGUCUCAAAGAUCCUAUUGUCAACCUGUUUGGAAGUUUCCACGAGAGUACUCUCAUCGAGAGCGGCCGUUCGAACAGUAUGUUGAUUAACAAUGCUAAUAGUAUGUUUAGCACGGGAGAUCCAGAGUCUAGCCCGUUCGGUACAAGUGACAACCUGCGUGCUCCAUUGAAUCCAUUUCAUGGUGGAGCUGAUAGGGCUUAUGGAUCUAAGGACAUGUUAGGCAUGAGAAGCAAUAGCAGUUUGGUUCAUGGAAAUGAUGAAACACCGAGAAAUACAGACAUCGGUGGAGGUUGGCAAUUGGUUUACAAAUCAACUGAUGAUGCAAUGGGUGGGAAAAGAGAAGGACUCCAAAGGGUUUAUUUGCAUGCAGAUCCUUCAGCUGCUGCAGUGUCUCAGUCUCCGCAUGUUUCAGUUGUUGCAACUUCUGGCUAUGACAUACAUAUAGAUGGUGGCGAAGCUUUUCAAGCCGCUGGUAUAGUCAGCCGGUCAGUUCUUGGAACUAGUGAUGCAUUGAGUAUCCCGGAAGCCACUGCAAAAGGUCCAAAGUGGAGAGCUCUUCUAGAACCAGGUGUCAAGCGUGCAUUAAUUGUUGGAAUAGGACUUCAAAUUCUUCAACAGGCUGCUGGUAUAAAUGGAUUUCUAUACUAUGCUCCUCAAAUUCUUGAGCAGGCAGGAGUAGGAGCUCUUCUAUCAAAUUUAGGCAUCAGUUCAAUAUCUGCUUCUUUUCUCGUAAAUAUCAUUACAACGUUCUGUAUGCUUCCUUGUAUAGCCAUUUCCAUAAGGCUCAUGGAUGUUGCUGGCAGAAGGUCAAUCAUGCUGUACACCAUACCGAUUUUGAUAGUAUGUCUCCUAUUACUGGUACUGAAACAGUAUUUUCAACUCAGCUCUGUCCUAAAUGCAUCAAUUUCAGCUAUCAGUGUUGUGGUCUACGAAAGUGUCUUCUGCAUGGGCCUUGGUAUUAUUCCCAACAUCAUAUGUGCAGAAAUCUUCCCGACCAGUGUUCGCGGAAUCUGCAUUUCCCUUACUUCUCUUACUUAUUGGGUUUGUACAUUGGCCGUCACGUUGACAUUCCCUUAUUUGCUCCAACUUCUCGGUCUCAGCGGCGUAUUCGCUUUAUUUGUUGGUGGCUGCUUCAUUUCAUGGAUAUUUGUUUACUUGAAAGUUCCUGAAACAAAGGGUAUGCCUUUGGAAGUUAUUAUUGAGUUUUUUGCAAUUGGUGCAAAGCCUGGUACUGAUCCUGCAGAAUUUGGAAUGAAAGAUUAA